AUGGGGUACACUCACUACUACCAAAUCCUGGAUCUGAUUGCUCCCAAAUGGCAGACUUCUUGGCCCCAGCUCAUUCGAGACGUGCCCAAAAUCGCCGAGGCUGCGCGCGUCGAAAUAACGGGCCCAUCCCACGACGACGCAAUCAUCACCCCGAUACUUGCGGAUAUCGAACACGGAAUCUACCUGAAUGGUGUGCGAGGCAACAGCGGGGAGCCACUGGUUAUUAAAGGAGAAAAGGGGUCAUUUAACUUCAUCAAAACGGGUCGCAAGCCUUAUGAUGCCGUGGUCACCUGCAUCUUACUUCGUGCUUACAACCUGGCACCAAAAGUAUUCAGUUUGAGCUCUAACAGACUCUGGAAAGGAUGGAUCAAUGGAAGAGAGCUUUACGAGCGUCUCUGGCCCAAUGAAGUGAUCCAACGCCCAUCGGGGGUGGAGCUCCGGGAAGGCGAAAGAUCAAACUAA